AUGAUAGAUAUCCCUGGAACACCAGGGACUUUGACUGGUCUUGUCCUGAGAAUUUCGCAGUGUGUUUUUGCUGCUGGUUCGAUUUCAUACAUGGUUACUUCCGGUGGAUUCUUCAGCUUCACUGCUUUCUGCUACCUAAUCGCAGCAAUGGGUUUGCAACUCAUAUGGAGUUUUGGUCUUGCGGUACUAGACACAUUCGCCUUAUUGAGAAAGAAAACGCUUCUUAGCCCGGUUUUAGUCAGUCUCUUUGUAGUUGGAGAUUGGGUAACAGCGACAUUGUCUCUAGCAGGAGCCUCGUCCUCUGCGGGAAUAACUGUACUAUACUUUGGGGAUUUAGGAAGCUGCAGUUUUGAAGCAGAGUGUUGGAAGUACCAACUCUCUGUUGCUUUAGCCUUCCUCUGUUGGAUCACAAUCGCCAUUUCGUCACUUACCACACUCUGGUUACUUGCUUCUGGGUGA